UUCUGCUCUCUCAUAUAAUCCCUCCGAAAGAGAUCGCCAUGAAAGCCAAAGCCAAACCCCUCAGCCAUGAAGAAGAAACCUUCGCUCUCCUCUUCCCGGGACUCGGACUCGCCGACUCACCCACCCGAGUCGCCCCACUCCCCACUCCGCUUCCACUCCCCUCUCCGCUCCGACCUCGGCGACCCGGCCGACACCCCUCCCUACGCCUCCCCCGCCGCCUCCCCCCACAAUCCCCCGCCGCCGAAGCCCGCCUCCCCGGCCGCCGACGAGCUCGCGCAGCUGUCUCCCCUCCCCACCCCUUGGCCGGAUGCCCGGAAGGCCCCGCCUCCGCCUUCGCCGCCGGACAAGGGAUCCGCCGGGGACACGGAGGGAUCGGAUGAGUCGCCGGCGGUGGUGCUCAGCAGGGCGAUGCGGGACGAGAGGGAGGCUCCGGCGACGAGGUUGGGUGGAGGAGGAGCGAGGGCGGCGCCGGUGACGAGGCUGAGGAGGCCGAGGACCUGGGAGAGGUUGAAGCGAACGGCCUUGUGCUUUAGGGUUUCGGAGGUGGUCCUUUGCAUGAUCUCUUUCUCGGUCAUGGCUGCUGAUAAGACUAAGGGGUGGAGCGGUGAUUCUUACGAUCGCUACAAGGAGUACAGGUAUUGCUUGUCGGUGAAUGUUAUUGCUUUUGUCUAUGCUGGCUUUCAAGCUUGUGAUCUGGCCUUCCACUCGAGCACUGGCAAGCACGUCAUCCGCGACCAAUUCCGUUAUUACUUUGAUUUCUUCAUGGAUCAGAUUCUGGCAUAUCUUCUAAUAUCGGCAUCAUCUUCAGCGGCAACGCGCGUCGACGACUGGAAAGCAAAUUGGGGGCGGGAUAAGUUCACGGACAUGGCCGGGGCUUCCAUCGCCAUGUCCUUCUUGGCCUUUAUGGCUUUUGCCACGAGUUCCCUCAUUUCCGGCUACAACCUAUUCACCCAUUAUCUCUGAUCUGGGGAAGCUUGAUUCAUACCACUGGUUCUCCAAGUUAUGGGGGGGAAUUAGUUAUAGAGGAAAUUCUUUUUCCCGA